GGUUAGGGUACCGGAGAGCAGCUGAGGGUGGCCUGGGGGACAGGCAUGCUGUGGUCUGAGCCUUCCACCUCCGAGCUCUGUGAAGUCACCCCUAGCCCCUGCCACAUGGCCCAGCCACCCAUAUCUGGGGUUAGGGACUAGGCCAGGCUCAUUCACUUUUCCCGAGGGAGGCAGCCCGUUUGUCUUUGCAGGCACCUGGAUCCUCCCAGGAGGCAAGCUCCUGGGAGCACAGGAGCACAGCCCCCAGUGACGUGGGAAGGAAGCCCCCUCCCCGAUGGCUUUGCCUGAGCUCGCCCCCGCGCCCCCACCAGCUCCCCCAGGCUCCGGGGGCUCCGCAGGCAGUCGGAUGCGGGAGCUGCUGCUCGGGACUGAAGAGGUUAACGUGCAUCUGCCUCCGAAUGUUAAUGUGUCUAGGUGAUGUCAGUGGGAGCCGGGGAAGGAGGGAGUGGGGAGAGAAGCGGGGCUAGGAGGCGGCAGAAGCUGCCAGACCGCCAGCGCCAGCAAGACCCCCUUCCGGACUGCGGGGCUCGUGCUCUGGGACGGGCGGGCGGCGCUGCCGCAGCCUGCGUGGGUGGACGGGCAGCGGCGGGCAGCGACGGGCAGCGGCAGGAUGGACCUAGAAGCCUCGCUGCUGCCCACCGGCCCUAAUGCCAGCAACACCUCGGACGGCCCCGAUAACCUCACCUUGGCCGGGUCACCUCCUCGCAGAGGGAGUGUCUCCUACAUCAACAUCAUCAUGCCUUCAGUGUUUGGCACCAUCUGCCUCCUGGGCAUCAUCGGGAACUCCACAGUCAUCUUCGCGGUGGUGAAGAAGUCCAAACUGCACUGGUGCAGCAACGUGCCCGACAUCUUCAUCAUCAACCUCUCGGUGGUGGACCUCCUCUUUCUCCUGGGCAUGCCCUUCAUGAUCCACCAGCUCAUGGGCAAUGGAGUCUGGCACUUUGGAGAGACCAUGUGCACACUCAUCACGGCCAUGGACGCCAACAGUCAGUUCACCAGCACCUACAUCCUGACCGCCAUGGCCAUUGAUCGCUACCUGGCCACCGUCCACCCUAUCUCCUCCACCAAGUUCCGGAAGCCUUCUGUGGCCACCCUGGUGAUCUGCCUCCUGUGGGCCCUCUCCUUCAUCAGCAUCACCCCCGUGUGGCUCUACGCUAGGCUUAUCCCCUUCCCAGGGGGCACGGUGGGCUGUGGCAUCCGCCUGCCCAACCCAGACACUGACCUGUACUGGUUCACCCUGUACCAGUUCUUCCUGGCCUUCGCCCUGCCCUUUGUGGUCAUCACAGCUGCGUAUGUGAGGAUCCUGCAGCGCAUGAUGUCCUCCGUAGCUCCCGCCUCUCAGCGCAGCAUCCGGCUGCGGACAAAGAGGGUGACUCGUACAGCCAUCGCCAUCUGCCUGGUCUUCUUUGUGUGCUGGGCCCCCUACUAUGUGCUGCAGCUGACCCAGUUGUACAUCAGCCGCCCGACACUCACCUUUGUGUACCUGUACAACGCAGCCAUCAGCUUGGGCUAUGCCAACAGCUGCCUCAAUCCCUUUGUGUACAUCGUGCUCUGUGAGACAUUCCGCAAACGCUUGGUCCUGUCGGUGAAGCCUGCUGCCCAGGGGCGGCUUCGAGCCGUCAGCAAUGUCCACACAGCUGAUGAGGAGAGGACGGAAAGCAAGGGCAACUGACGCUUCCCCUACAACCCUGGGCACCUCCAAGUCGGGACGGCACGGUGGGCCAUGAUGGGGAGAGACGCUGAGAAGAACCCAAGACCCCUCUGGGAGAAUGCGGGGAGGCUGGGGGGUGAGGGGUUGUUGCAACUAAAAACAUUCCACGGGGUCCACAAAUUGCCGGGGAGGCUGGCAGCCAGAUUUUGGGGGCUUCAAGCAUCAGACAUCCCCUUGGGAGAGGAGGAAGAGACCUUUGGGUUGCACAGAAACUGAACAAGAAGAAACUUUUCAUUCAAAUGUUCAGUUGAGCCCUAUAUCUCUUGGCUCCCCAGUGUCUUUUUCUCAACUGCUGAUUUAUUUAGAACCUGGGAAGGCCAGGGUGUGAGCAGCGGGGCCCUGGGGAGGUUGGAAAGUGGUGUGGCCUCAACGCUCCUUCCCAUCCCUCCCUGGUGCGAUGGAGGGCAGCCCUUCUCCCAAGCUGGCGGGUGAUGAAACGAAGCAUGCCAUCUCUCUGCGUUCCAGCAUCCUGUGUCGAUUUGCCUGUAUCUCUAGGGGAUGCAUGUUUAUUUUGGGGC